UAUUGAUGAGGUGGUGGCAGUUCUUUGAUUAAAUGGCUUGAAUGCAAAGUACCGGCUUUAAAAGAGGUCGUUUUUAUUGUAAUAUUGGUGAAUGUGAAGGCUAGAGCGCUAACUACUUUAUCCCCAUGUGUAGCUAAUGCUAGUAAACAAACGUUAGCUUGCAGAGCUUGCGGUUAGUGUGUGCCAUCACAACAAUUGCAUUGCCUGAAAUUAUAGUAUUGCAAAGUUGGCGUAGAAAUGGCAUCGAUAGCAGCGGCGCACGAGCCAGGCAUAACAUCCGGCUCCGUUCCGCUGUCUGAUGCUUUGGUCCCUGCGAGCAUAUUCGCUCCAGACCGAGGAGGAUGUGGCGACGAUCCCGGGGAUGAGUGCUUCGAGGAUGGGGACAUGGCCAAUGGUGAGCCUGAGGAUCGUGGGAUUGACUGCAGCAGCAAGCUUGCACUUGUUAGCCCAAAUGGAGAGCAGUAUGACUCGUUACUCCGGCAGCUUCAGGACAGAAUGGAGGAGGGCUGUGGAGAGACCAUCUAUGUGCUUGGGGUGGGCUCUGAUGGUGGUGACUGGGGUCUGGAUGAGAAAGAUAUGGAGGCCUCGGUAGCCACGGUGCAUUCUCUGUGUGAGCAGCUGGACGCUGAUCUUAUCCCUCUAAGAGAGCGCAAUGAGGCUGCUGGGUUGGUGCGUGACUAUUUGAUUCGGAGGCGUGUGGGUGAGCUAGACUUCCUGGAGGUCAGGGUUGCAGUGGUGGGGAAUGUGGAUGCCGGUAAGAGCACCCUGCUGGGAGUGUUGACGCAUGGCGAGCUGGACAAUGGCAGGGGCUUUGCCCGCCAGAAACUUUUCAGACACAAGCAUGAGAUGGAGAGUGGCAGGACCAGCAGCGUGGGCAAUGACAUCCUGGGGUUUGACCAGGAAGGGCAGGUGGUCAACAAACCAGACAGUCAUGGAGGAAGCCUGGACUGGACCAAAAUCUGUGAGAAGUCCUCAAAAGUCAUUACCUUUAUAGACUUGGCCGGCCAUGAGAAAUACCUUAAGACCACUGUGUUUGGGAUGACGGGACACCUUCCAGAUUUCUGCAUGCUCAUGGUUGGCAGUAAUGCAGGUAUUGUGGGAAUGACCAAAGAGCAUUUGGGUCUUGCUUUAGCUCUGAAUGUGCCCGUAUUUGUAGUAGUAACCAAGAUAGACAUGUGUCCAGCCAACAUCUUACAAGAGACUUUGAAGCUGCUCCAGAGGCUACUAAAGUCUCCCGGCUGCAGAAAGAUUCCUGUCCUGGUGCAGAACAAGGAUGAUGUCAUAGUUGCAGCUUCAAACUUCAGUUCAGAGAGGAUGUGCCCCAUCUUUCAGAUCUCCAAUGUGACCGGAGAGAACAUGGACUUGCUAAAAAUGUUUCUCAACCUGCUCUCCUCCAGGACAUCCUACAGGGACGAUCAGCCUGCUGAGUUUCAGAUAGAUGACACCUACUCUGUACCGGGAGUGGGAACUGUGGUAUCAGGAACUACUUUGCGUGGACUCAUACGGUUGAAUGAUACCAUGCUUCUGGGCCCAGAUCCUCUCGGGAGCUUCAUCCCCAUCGCUGUUAAAUCAAUCCACCGCAAGAGAAUGCCUGUGAAGGAGGUUCGAGGUGGCCAGACUGCCUCUUUUGCUCUCAAAAAGAUCAAGCGCUCCUCCAUCAGGAAAGGCAUGGUGAUGGUGUCCCCGAGGUUGAGUCCCCAGGCAACUUGGGAGUUUGAGGCUGAGAUCCUCGUGUUGCAUCAUCCUACGACGAUAUCCCCCAGAUACCAGGCCAUGGUCCACUGCGGCAGUAUAAGGCAGACAGCCACCAUCUUGUCCAUGAACAGAGACUGCUUACGGACAGGGGACAAGGCUUCGGUUCACUUCCGCUUCAUCAAAACACCUGAAUAUCUGCACUGCGACCAGCGGCUGGUGUUCAGGGAGGGGCGCACCAAGGCUGUGGGAACCAUCACUAAGUUGCUGCAGUCCACCAAUAAUAUGCCGUCAAACUCCAAACCUCCACAAAUCAAAAUGCAGUCCACAAAAAAGACGCCUCUCCGAAAAGAGGACGGUACCAUGGCAACUGGUGACGAUGCAGCAACAAUAGCACAGCCAACAGGCCCAAACACAUCGCAACUGGGAGAGGGAGAUGAUGACCCUCAAAUAAAGGAGGGCAACAAAGAGAACAAGCCAAAGUCUGGAGGUGGUGGAAGGAGACGAGGUGGACAGAGGCACAAAGGAAAAGGCCAGAACAGCAGCACUAACUCGACAGCACCGCCUUCCUCAUCGGGGUUAGGAAACUGCUGAGUUGCUGUUGUCUUCUUGCAAAUCUCCCACUCUUUCAUUCCACACAUCAUGAAGGAUAGAGAUGUUUGGAGCAAGAUAAUCUUACUCCUUUGCCUUUUUUACACCAGGUCAUUUAUUUAUUUUUUGUGAACGAGGUAAACCUCAAACCAAAAGCAUACACCUUGUCUGCAUUUAAUGUCAGCUGCCUUUACUAUGUGGAAUUAUUUUGGAUGAGGUUGAAACAGUCCUAUGGUAGGAGAGAGGGAGGCUAAACAUAAAAAAAGGGUCUAGUACCAAUAUGAGCAGCUAUAUGUUAAACUCCCUCAUGCAUUCCAUGUAUCUGCAUCAAUUAAAACAAUUCUAUUUAUACUGAAAAUGUACAUUAGCUGUUAGCUGUAUGGAUUGGAAAGAUGACGCUGUACGAAAUGUAUGCAAAUCACAAAUGAAUGUAGCAGAGGGCACAAAGUGAUUUAAACUAAGAUAUAUGGAAAGUAUUAGCUGUGGCAUUUACUAAUGAUCAGUAAUUUAUUUGGCACAUGCAGAAUGUUUACUCGUGGAUGAUUGAACUCUUUUGACCAUAUCUCACCUUCGCUCUUAGACUCAGUAGUAUCCGUCAUGCUUCCAUUAUCAGUUCAUGUACACUCCUUACAACAAUAGUGUUUGUACAAAUACAGAUUAUUUCUCACUUAAUGCUAAUGAUUAUAAUGAAAUACUUGCUACUCUAGUACCCCAAGCAGUCAAGCAUUAUGGCCUGUUGUUGUUUACAUGUUGUGACAUUUUAAAAACACACUGCUGCAAAACUAGGACUAUGAAUAAACACAGUUUACUGAA